AUGGCAUAUAACAUAAUUCUUGAACGAGUAUAUUCUAAUAAAUCAGGAGCUUUUUUCAUUGAUGGUCCUGGUGGAACUGGAAAAAUAUUUCUUUAUCGAGCUUUGUUGGUUACUGUAAGAACAAAAGGAUGCAUAUCUUUGGCAACUGCAAGUUCUGGUGCGGCAGCUUCAAUACUUCCGGGAGGACGAACAACUCAUUCACAUUUCAAAAUUCCUGUUGACAUCGAUGAGAAUUUCACUUGCAAUAUUAGUAAACAAAGUUCAUUAGCGACUCUAAUUCGAGAUUCAAAGUUAAUUGUUUGGGAUGAGGAGCAGAUUCUCAGCUCGAAAGGUAUUGCUACUCUCUUCUUUCCUGCUGAACGUCAUCGAGAAUUUUCCCCUUCUUCCGGUUUGCCUAGAAGAUUCUCAAUACAGGCUUAA